AUGGCAGAUACACCACCCAUGCCCCCUUCCUCCUCACCCAGCGCACCCCCUUCCAGCGCUGCAGACCAAGCACGCAUCCGCAAAGAGCGACGAGAAGCCAAGAUCCGUGCAGGCGGCUCUGCACGACUGAACAAGAUCACAGGGCUAGGAGGAGGCGUGCAGAGAGAAGCACCGCCCCAACCCACAGCCUCUACCUCCAACCCCACCGACGACCCCGAGGAAGUCGACAUAUCAGAGCACUACUACGAGCCCGCGCCGCGCCGCCAACAGUAUGAUGCCUCAUCUGCUUCUCCGUUCCCACAAGGUGGUAUGGACGACACUGCACUUCGGCAAAUGAUGCUCGGUUUCGACCCCUCUUCUGGCGCGUCCCCAGGAGGUCCAGGCGGAACUGCCAAUACGUACGCCGCGUUCCCAGGGAUGGGUGGGAUGGCGGGCACGGAAGGUCUGGAUGGCGAGGACCCUAUGAUGAAGAUGCUGCAGCAGAUGAUGGGCAGCAUGGGCGGUGGCGACGGCGGGGCAGGCAUGCCUUCAUUCCCCGGCAUGCCGCCUAUACCCGGUCAUUCGGAUCAGGCUGCGACGGGGGGUCCGUAUGCGUAUCUAUGGCGUAUCUUACAUGCUGUUUUCGCGCUCGGAUUGGGCCUUUACGUUGUGUUUACGACGCCUUUCAACGGUACGAAGAUUGCCAGGGAGAGGAGCGGGCUGGGCUAUGCGACGAGCGAUGAGAUGCUGGUCAGCCCGAACAGCGUUCAGCACUUCUUCUGGAUUUUUGCGACAGUGGAGGUAUUGCUGCAGACGAGCCGGUUCUUUUUCGAGAAGGGCAAGAUUCAGCAUGGAGGGGUUAUUGGGACGGUUAUGGGAUUAUUGCCGGAGCCGUGGAAGGGGUACAUUGCGCUAGUUCUGCGGUACUCGAGGAUUUGGACGACGGUCAGUGGAGAUGCCAUGGCUUUGGUAUUUGUUUUGGGAGCGGCCGCUUGGUUGAGAGGAAACUAG